AUGAGUCAAUUCAUACCAGAUAACAAUUCUACGUCAGAGUAUACACUUUAUACUGAUUUUGACAGUGUAUAUGAUAUAAGUUUGAUAUCAGAUGAAGAUGAACAAUGUCAAGUUACAAACGGUGUGAGUCUUGCGUGGAAAAACGUCUCUUAUACAAUGACGGAUUCAAAGACAAAGCAAAAAACAGAUAUUAUUCAUAAUCUGAGUGGAAUUGUCAAACCCGGCGAAGUAAUGGCAAUAAUGGGACCAUCGGGAGCCGGUAAAUCAACUCUGCUCGAUGUGUUAGCAGGUCGCAAGGAUCCUAAAUUAACAUCUGGAAAAAUUUAUCUAAAUGGAAAUGAAGGUCCAGUGAAAUAUAUAUCAACAUAUGUUAUGCAAGAUGAUGCUUUAAUGGGUGCAUUGACAGUCCGUGAAAACAUUCAAUUCGCUGCCGAUUUAUGUUUUCCCAAGUCAUACUCAGUAGCAGAACGUAAAGCAUAUGUUCAAGCUACCAUUACCGAAUUUGGAUUGGAGCACGUUGCAGAUUCAAAAAUCGGGACGAUAUUUAUGCGAGGAAUAUCAGGCGACGAGAAACGCCGAGCAGCAAUCGCCUCCCAAGUAAUCAAUUUACCAAAAAUUAUUUUUCUCAAUGAACCGACAACUGGUCUCGAUUCCGCGGCUUCGUACAAUGUGAUGAAAGCGAUUGUUCAUAUGGCACGGAGUCAUAAACUUAUCGUGAUUGCUAGUAUUCAUCAACCAUCAACCGACACAUAUUCACUAUUCGAUAAACUAUGUAUUCUUGGCCGUGGACGAAAUCUUUACAUGGGCAGUCGCAAAAAAACAAUAUCAUAUUUCAGAGAUUUAGGGCACAUGGUGCCAGCGUACUCGAAUCCAGCAGAUUAUUUUCUUCAUUUAAUCAAUUCGGAUUUUAUAACGGAUAAUACCCAAGUGGAAAAGAUUGUCGAUGAUUGUAUUGAUGCAUUCGAACGAUCAAGUAACAACAAACAAAUUCAAGAUGAAAUCCAUUUAUUGAAAAAACAUGAACUGAAUUUCUUCGAUCAGACUAGAAUCUUAUUAAGACGUGCCUUUAUUAAUGCUUCGAGAAAUGUCUUAAUGUAUUGGAUAAGAGUGAUAAUGUACGCAGCACUAGGAUUGCUAUUAGGCUCAACAUUCUGGCAAAUUGGUUAUAGGCAAAUAAACAUUAUUGAACGUCUUUCGUCUCAAUACUUUGCCGUGGCUUUCUUAACAUUCAUGGCUAUUGCUGGUAUCCCAGGGUACUUGGAAGAGCGGCUAGUAUUUCAGCGAGAACGUGGAAACGGAUUUUACUCGGUCGGUCCAUAUGUCUUAGCGAAUAUAAUUGUAUCGAUACCUUUUCUACUUUUGAUCUCAUUCUCAUUUACCGCAGUAUUUUAUCCAACUGUCGGUUUAAACAGUGGUUCGAAAAACGUGUUUAUGUUUAUUAUAUACUUGUUUCUUACUUUAAACGUUGCGGAGUCGAUUGUUAUUUUCAUUGCAUCAAUUAUUCCGAUAUUUGUUGCCGUACUCGCAAUAAAUUCAUUCGCAAACGGAGUUUUGAUGACUUUUGGCGGAUAUCUUGUUCGACCGAACAGCAUUUCCAAGAUCUGGAAAUGGUUAUAUUACGCCGACUAUCAAACAUACGCGUUUCAAGCAAUAAUUUUCAAUGACAUGAAAGGACUUGUGUUUGAAUGCGAGAAAUUAACAUUCCUUAAUCUGGAGACUAAUGAAAUGUCGUAUCAGUAUAAUUGUCAUUAUGGUGACAAAACGGGACAAUUCGGAUCGUUUACUGGUGAAUCUGUACUAGCGGAUUUUGGAUACGAGGAUAUUUCACCGACUGUGUCGGCAGUGAGUUUCAAUGAUCGUACUGUUGAUUUGUUGAAAAAUUGGGUGAAAUACUGA